AUGUCGCACCCAAGAAUAGAGGAGGUCGAGGAGAGCGACGUCGACAUGUCCGACCCCUCGGAAGACGACAUCGACGACUUUGUCGAGUCCGACAUCAUCCGCGCGCGCAACGACAAGAAGCCCGCGCCCUCGAGGCCCGCACAACAGCAACAGCCGGGAGCGGCGUCCCACCUCAUGAACCCGUCACAAAUACCAUCACUCUCGAGCGGGCCCGGCCAGGCCGACGACAUCCAGACGACGGCCAACCCCAAGGCCUACGCGGGCUUCCAGUGCCUGUACCCCCUCUACUUCGACUCGAACCGCACGCGCGCCGAGGGCCGCCGCGUGUCCAAGGAGCUGGCGGUGCCCAACCCGCUCGCGCGCGAGAUCAUCAACGCGUGCCGCGACCUGCGGCUGCAGACGCUCUUCGAGCCCGAGAAGAUGCACCCCAAGGACUGGGCGAACCCGGGCCGCAUCAAGGUGCAGCUGAAGGCGAUCGUGCGGGACGGCAAGACCAUGCAGCCCUCCAGCACCUCGGGCGUCAAGAACAAGCACCAGCUGUACCUCCUCGUCGCCCAGCACCUGCGCAACAACCCCACCAGCGACAAGAGCCAGGCCCUCUGGGACCGCGUCCCGGGCGCCCCCGCGCCCGACAGGAGCAAGCCCUACCCGCGGCCCGCCGUGCCCCGCGGCUGGAAGGUCGGCGAGUUUCUGCCGUACUACAGCCCCGCCAUGACGGGCGGCGGCGUCAGCGAGAACCUGUUCAAGGACAUGAUGAAGGAGAUGCAGGGCGGCGGCGACAUGGCGAGCCUGCUGGCCGGGGCGGGCGGAGGUGGAGGCGGGAGCGGGAACGCGAGCGAGGACGGAGGCGGGAAGAAGAAGAAGGACAAGAAGGGAAAGGGCAAGGCGUGA